AUGACUGUUACUUUGCUUAACCAAGCACCAGAUGUUGGCUCUUUGAAGCCUCGUCAUAUUCAAAAGGAUACUGCCUUGUUGAUUUCGCCUCCAUUAGCAGGUCAUCAGGGCCCUAUCUUUGGUGAGCUCUAUAUCUGUGAAGACCAAUUCUACUUUUAUUCAGAAUCUGCACAAUCUGGUAUUGCCGUAGAGUAUCCAGAUAUCAUCGUUCAUGCCAUCUCCAGACAAGAUGGUCAACCCAACAUUUACUGUCAACUUGACUCUGGCUUAUUUUUCCCUAACCAGCAAUUACCAGAAGAUGAGCAAGAAAGAGAAGAAACAGUGACAGAGUUUCGCUUGAUUCCUAGAGAUGGUGGUGCUUUGGAGGGUAUCUAUAUGGCAAUGAAUGAGUGUGCUUCUCUUCAUCCUGACGAAGAAUUCAUGGCUGAACAAGAUGCCUACGACGACGAUAAUGAGUUUUAUGCUGAUCCUAGCGACGAAGCAGAAUUGAACGAGAUGCAACAAGCCGCACUUAGACAUUUGGAAUCUGUAUUCGAGCCUCCUACCAUGAAUGGACAUAAAGAAGAAGACAACCUGUUUGAGGAUGCCGAGGAGGCAGAGGGAGAACAUCAACACAAUCACUAG